UCGAUACCUUAUCAAUUAGUCAUUUAAUCCUACAUUAAUCAAAAUCUAGUUCAGGUUUUCUCUGAAAAGAGAUCUGUUCUGAAUUUCUGAAAGUCGUUGUAUAUCUGAAAAGGAGUGUAUAGCAUCGCGUAAAAUUGAUCACUUGGACAUUUAGUUUAUGCGUGUCUCGUUACGAGUACAGUAGUUAGUCAGUCGCCCGAGUAUUUAAUUCGAAGUACAAUCAAGUAUAAUGUUUACUAAAGGACUUGCAAAAAUCGUUUCUCCAAAUUAAGUGUCAUUAUUUCGGAUUCUUGCUAACAGAAAAUACCCAGGUGCUUCCGGUGUUCCGUGUCCACAUUAUCCGUGGUCUCGGUUGUGUAAAUUAAACGCAACUAAAUGUUAAUUUAUGACGACCGCGCACGCGGGAAUAUUCUACGACAACGUCUACAGUUUCGCGAACAAUAACGCGACAUCAAGUAUAAUGCCGUUGGCGACUCUAACAGUCCCUUGGUCCGAGCAACAUGUAAACGAGAAGCAAUCUGUAGAGAUUCUUCCAGCAGAGGCUCAAGAGGAAGCGAUGAUCACCCAGGGAAACGUGGUUGAACCACGUUCUAAUGGGUGCUCUGAGUCCCAUGAGAUUGAACUACGCGAGGUAGUACGAGAUGGUCAUGAGAAAGCAGACCCAUCUCAAUUUGAGCUUCUCAAAGUUCUCGGUCAAGGUUCUUUUGGAAAGGUAUUCUUAGUGAGGAAAGUUGUCGGUAAAGAUAGCGGGACACUUUAUGCCAUGAAAGUUUUGAAAAAGGCAACAUUGAAAGUUCGGGACAGAGUUAGGACAAAGAUGGAAAGGAACAUACUAGUGGAUGUUGAGCAUCCAUUCAUAGUUCGACUACAUUAUGCAUUCCAAACAGAAGGCAAACUUUAUUUAAUUUUAGAUUUCUUAAGAGGUGGUGACCUGUUUUCAAGAUUAGCUAAAGAGGUAAUGUUUACAGAGGAUGAUGUAAAGUUUUAUCUAGCCGAACUUGCUCUUGCACUGGAUCAUAUACAUAAACUUGGAAUUAUUUAUAGAGAUCUCAAACCAGAAAAUAUUCUACUGGACACAGAAGGCCAUAUAUCUUUAACUGACUUUGGUCUGAGCAAGCAACCGUUAGACGAUUGUAAGGCGUAUUCAUUUUGUGGUACGGUAGAGUAUAUGGCGCCUGAAAUAGUUAAUCGAAAAGGGCAUUCGUUUGCUGCUGACUGGUGGAGUUUUGGUGUUCUUAUGUUUGAAAUGUUGACUGGAGCUCUGCCAUUUCAAGGCGCUAAUCGUAAGGAAACAAUGACGCAAAUAUUAAAGGCAAAACUUAGUAUGCCUCUUAACAUUUCACCGGAAGCACAGGCGCUUCUCAGAGUACUAUUUAAGAGAAAUCCCGCAAACAGACUUGGAUCUGGCGGAGUGGAAGAAAUCAAAAACCACGUGUUCUUUGCGACAAUCGAUUGGGAUGCUCUUUACAAAAAAGAGAUAAAACCUCCCUUCAAACCAGCCGUUAGUCAAGAAGAUGAUGCAUUUUAUUUUGAUAGUGAAUUUACAUGUAAAACGCCUAAAGGUAACAUUGAUUCUCCCGGGGUACCACCAAGCGCUAACGCUCACGAAUUGUUUCGUGGGUUUAGCUUCGUUGCACCGUGCCUUCUCGAGGAUCAUCUCAAAACACCUGAAUAUAAAAACUGUGAUAGUCUCAGUGCAACUUUUCCAACUUACGUGAGCCCUAUUUCCGUGACCGAUGAAUAUGAAUUUAAACAAGAAAUCGGUAAAGGAAGCUACAGUACGGUCUAUUUAGCUGUUCACAAAGUAACCAAGACAGAGUAUGCUGUAAAGAUAAUUGAGAAAUCCAAAAGAGAUCCAACCGAGGAAAUUGAAAUUUUACUUCGAUAUGGAAGACACCCGCAUAUUGUAACUUUGAGAGCUGUUCACGAGGAUGACAAACGAGCUUAUCUUGUGUUAGAGUUGUUACGAGGAGGAGAACUGCUCGAUCGCUUAUUGCAGAGACGUAGUUUAACAGAAAGAGAGGCAGCAGAAGUAAUGUACACGAUUGCCAGCGUGGUUCAUUAUUUGCAUGAAAAUGGGGUUGUUCACCGGGAUCUAAAGCCAUCCAAUAUAUUAUACUCAAAGCCAGGAGCUGAUCCAGCGACUCUUUCCCUAUGCGAUCUGGGUUUCGCGAAACAGUUACGCGCAGAAAAUGGUUUACUAAUGACGCCAUGUUAUACAGCAAAUUUUGUAGCGCCUGAAGUGCUAAAACGUCAAGGAUACGAUGCUGCUUGCGAUAUUUGGUCCCUUGGUGUUUUACUAUACAUCAUGUUAGCCGGAUACACUCCGUUUCGCAACAGUCCUGGAGACAGCGCAACUGAUAUACUAGAUCGCAUUGGUCCUGGCUACAUCGACACUGAAAGCGGCAUAUGGUGUCAAAUCUCCACCGAAGCUAAGGAACUAGUGAAGAGGAUGUUACACGUAGAUCCUAACCGAAGGCCUACCGCAGCUGCAGUAUUAAAGUAUUCGUGGAUUGCCAAUCGCCACAGACUUCCUCAGAAAGUAUUACCAUAUAGCACUAGGGAUCCACACAGCCUAAAAAGGGCAGUCGCGGAAACUUACAGAGCAAUGUCUAGUAGUCCUAGAUCACCACACAUCGGCCCUGUCGUUAUGUCUGAACUGGCUCGUCGAAGAACGCAAGCCAAACCGGCUGGCCCUACCGAAGUCUAAACCCGGUCUUCCGUUCUACGUUGGCGAAAAAUGAGAGGAUAAUCGAAUAAAGAUUCAAGUUCAAACAAAUCUGCCACGCACACGUGUACGUUACGCUAAAGUACAAGGGGAGGACGUUGAAUGUCGCUACUACAACUAUUAUUCUUAUUACAAUUGCUACUUCUACUACUAUUGUUAUUGUAACAUUUAUCGAGUGUGGGUAUCUAUAUCGAAUCGAUGAACAUAAUGUGAUAUUUAUUUAUACAUAUUUUUUUGUUAUGUUAAACGUAUAUGCAUGCAUCGGUAAAUGUGUGCAUUGCCAUAUUGAGAUCCGAAAACACUCUAACCUUAGCAACCAAAACGUAAUAAUUUAAAAUGAAAUAUAUAUUGUACAUUUUUAAUUAUCAUUUAAAUUACGUUUUUAUCGUGCGAAGCGUCGACGAGCAUUUACGAUUUAUAUAUACAUAUAUAAAUAUGAUCUACGUAUACAAGAAAGACUAUAUUUUGUCAAUAUGAAUCUAGUAUUUCUCGUGCAAUGUUCAAAUGUAGCUAUAGUACAUACUAAUUUUAUAAGAGUGCCGUUACUGAUACGAUUCAAAUCACCAAAUUUCUCUCUAUUCUGGUUAAAAAUUCAUGUAUGUGUAUAGAAUAGAAGAAUCCACUUAAAUUCAUAUUUUCGAUUUUAAUAUAAUAUAUGAAAGAUGGGAGAAGAUGAUAUCGGAGAAUAUUUUAAAUCUAUAAUCUGUAUUGUACAUGAUUAUCAUUAAAACUGAUAUAAAUAUAUGUGAAAAA